AUGAAAAAAGAAAAAUGGCGGUCUUUCGUGACAUGAAAACGAGGACACUCAGAAUAGAGAGUGAGAGAGAAACCUUUGAAAUUCCAGGGACAUGGCAGAAAGAUGGAAGAGCGCAACCCUAAUUGCCUCGGGGGCUCUGCUCGGCUGUUCUGCAAGCCUUGCCCUUUACAAGCUUCUUUCAAGAAGGGCAGGAUUCCACGGAUUUCGUAACACAAAAGUAUAUUUGUCUGGUUCGCCUGACAAUAAUGAUGCAAAUACAGGAAGAUUAGGAGAUCAGGGGUUGAUGAGUUUGGACCUUUUGAAAGAUGAAAUAGUUUCUGAACAACUUACAAGGAAUAUUCAAUUCUUUGGCCUGGAAUCCCAACAAAAAGUCACAGAAUCAUUUGUUGUAGUAAUUGGUCUAGGAGGAGUUGGGAGCCAUGCUGCUGGCAUGCUUUUGAGAUCAGGAGUAGGCAGGCUCAUGCUCGUUGAUUUCGAUCAGGUAUCUCUUUCAUCACUGAACAGACAUGCUGUUGCCACUAGAGAUGAUGUUGGAACACCAAAGGCGUUGUGUCUUCAAAAGCAUUUUGCAUCAAUAUUUCCUGAAUGCAAAGUUGAGGCUAAAGUGCAAUUAUACGAUGUCUCUACUGAGGAGGAAAUCCUAGGUGGCCGGCCAGAUUUUGUUCUGGAUUGCAUUGAUAACAUUGAUACCAAGGUGGCGCUGCUUGGUGCAUGUGUUCGAAGGAAUCUAAAGGUCAUUUCUGCAACAGGGGCAGGUGCUCGAGCAGAUCCAACUCGAAUUCGGAUUGCUGAUUUGAGUCAAUCAUCUGUGGAUCCAUUAUCACGUGCAGUCAGACAUCGUCUAAGGAGGGACUAUGGGAUUGAAGGUGGAAUUACUGUUGUCUUCUCUCUGGAGAAGCCCAAGGCAAAGCUGCUCCCCUUUAAAGGAUUAAGUGGAGAUGAAGAGAAUCCUUCCGAUUAUCAGAUUGUACCAGGCUUCAGAGUUCGCAUUAUACCAGUUAUGGGAACUGUUCCAGCUAUAUUUGGCCAAGUGAUGGCAUCCCAUGUUCUGACACAGCUGGCUGGGUUAAGCGUUCACACUGAGCCGGUGGUGAAUUUGGAUGUGGACCACUAUCGAGCUCUUCAUCAACGCCUAGUCGAGCACGAGGAAACGUUGUAUGGCACUGCGAUGCAUGUUCAGGUAGAUGUGGAUGAAGUUGUUUAUAUUGUAAAAGAAUUGUGGCACGGGCGGAGUGCAAGAGAUCAAUUAGCGAGAGAUGUAGGACGAGGAAUGUGGAGGUCUGUUAAUGAACUAAUUCUUGUCAGGUGGGAUCAGUCAAAGCCUGCAUCUGUGUUAAACUUGUUUCUUUUGAAAUUCCAAGAGGCAGAAGAGCAUGAAUCGACGACCCUUGAUCAAAUAAGAGAGAAGGAGCCCGAUUUUUACUCAAUGGUAACUCAUGUCCUUGAGCGAGCUGCUUUGGACUUUGGCCUCUAGUUCUUAUCAGGCACGCAGCAGCAUAUAUAAUUAUCAGUUAUUUCUCUCUCCCCCCUUUGCUCUUAGCAUGUCAUUAGGAAUUUUCAAUGCGAGAAUCAUGGAAACUAAAUAUUAUAUAAUGUAGUGGGGAAACAUUUUUUUUAUUUUC